UCUACUUCCGGUCUUCAUUUCGUAAACUCGGGACGCCGCAAAGUGAGGAUGCUGUCCCUGUCUCGAGCGGUAUUGAGCGGGGUGGCACGGGCCCCCAUUGCCGCUAAUCAAGGCGCCGUGACUGCGUUCACACGAUUCAACAGCACUGCCCAGGACGUACCUAAGAAGACGACAUAUGGUCCUCUGGCUGACCAGGACAGGAUUUUUACAAACCUUUAUGGUCGUCAUGACUGGAGGCUGAAGGGGGCGUUGAAACGGGGAGACUGGUACAAGACGAAGGAGAUCCUGCUGAAAGGAGUCGACUGGAUCCUGAAUGAAAUCAAGGUUUCAGGCCUGCGCGGGAGAGGCGGAGCCGGGUUUCCCACUGGCAUGAAGUGGAGCUUCAUGAACAAGCCCAGUGAUGGCAGGCCUAAAUAUCUGGUGGUGAAUGCUGAUGAGGGUGAACCUGGUACUUGCAAAGACAGGGAGAUCAUGCGUAAUGACCCCCACAAACUGGUGGAGGGCUGCCUGGUUGCUGGGAAGGCCAUGGGUGCCCGCGCUGCAUAUAUCUACAUCAGGGGAGAGUUCUACAAUGAGUCAUCCAACCUUCAGGUGGCCAUCAAUGAGGCCUAUGCUGCUGGACUGAUUGGAAGGAAUGCCUGUGGCUCAGGUUAUGACUUUGAUGUGUUUGUGAUGCGUGGUGCUGGAGCCUACAUCUGUGGCGAGGAGACAGCUCUCAUUGAGUCCUUGGAGGGCAAGCAGGGCAAACCCCGCUUAAAGCCCCCAUUUCCUGCUGAUGUGGGUGUCUUUGGUUGCCCAACAACUGUUGCCAAUGUGGAAACUGUAUCUGUGGCACCUACCAUCUGCCGCCGUGGAGGCCCAUGGUUCCUGGGCUUUGGCAGAGAGAGAAACUCUGGCACCAAGCUCUUCAACAUCUCUGGACAUGUCAACCACCCAUGCACAGUGGAGGAAGAGAUGUCCAUCCCCUUGAAAGACCUCAUUGAGAGGCAUGCAGGUGGAGUGCGUGGCGGUUGGGAUAAUCUGCUGGCCGUCAUCCCCGGUGGCUCCUCAACACCCCUCAUCCCAAAGAAUGUGUGUGAGGAGGUGCUAAUGGAUUUUGACGGCCUCAUCCAGGCUCAGACUGGCCUGGGCACAGCUGCACUUAUUGUCAUGGACAAAUCUACAGAUAUCGUUAGAGCCAUUGCCCGCCUGAUUGAAUUCUACAAACAUGAGAGCUGUGGCCAGUGCACACCCUGUAGAGAAGGUGUGGACUGGAUGAACAAAAUGAUGUGGCGUUUUGUGAGUGGCGAUGCUCGGCCAGCAGAGAUCGACAUGAUUUGGGAGAUCAGCAAGCAGAUCGAGGGACACACUAUCUGUGCCCUGGGUGAUGGCGCCGCCUGGCCAGUGCAGGGGCUGAUCAGACACUUCAGGCCUGUGAUGGAGAGCCGAAUCUCUGAGUUCCAGCAGAAGCAGCAGGCCAGGGCUUAAACUGUUCCUUUGCACACACAACCCCCAGCCUCAUUGUUUCAGUUCAUCUCCUCAGCUCUUCCCUUCCGUUCACUAAUUGUUAUUUAUAACAAGGAAUGUGCUGUUUAUGAACUCAUCAGAUUUUGCCUUCCUCUGUCUGCCUUAUUUUAAGUCGCCAAUAAAGUUCUAUUCAUCUUAAAUUGAGUUGAGAUGUCAGCUGUUGUGUAUAUGAUGAUGUUGUAUUAUUACACAUAAAAUUGAAAAAAA